AUGCGACAUAAUCGAUGCUCAAAAAUAAUUUCGAUGGUGCGAUCAACCAGUUCUUCCCAGGAGUCAAACCUGAAUACUAAUUAUUAUGAGCUGCCUUUAUCUACUACGAACGAAAAUAACUCUUUGAAUGAUGCGGAUCUUCAUAUCAGCUCAGACAUCAUCCUGGAUUUUGAUUCAGAUGAUUCAGUUUUUGAUAAAAAUUAUUUACCCUCAAGUUUAGAUCCGUCAAAAUGUUCAGAAGAUUCAGAUUCAUCUACAAAUACCAUCCCCCAAUCACCGUCAAUUAACGUCACUGUUCCUGAGUCACCUGAAGUCUCAAGCGACGAAGAUACGCCACAAAAUUUCACAAAAAAGGGGACUAUCAGAAAACGUAAGAAGUAUGUUGAAUCACCGGCGCAGAGAAAACAAAUUAAAAAACUGAAAGAUAUGGAAUCUAAAUAUAUACUUAAGCCAGGGUGUAAUGAUGGAUGUAAAAAAAAAUGUCAUACCCAGUUUACAGAAGAAGCACGACAAAAUCUAAUCCAUCACUUUAGAAACAUGUCUUGGAAAGAGCAACAGUAUUUCAUAAUAAAUAACACAUCCAAAGAAGAUCAUAAGAGAAAAACCGUUAAAGAAAACAGAAAACUGCCAAGAAACAUUUCUUAUGACUUCUACAGAAAAGUUGUGAAGAAGUUAAAUAUAUGUUUUACAAAACUUGGACAUGAAGAGUGUGAGGCGUGUGAAAAGUUUUUUAUCCACAAUCCGGAAUACAAGGAGAAAAGACACAGAAAUUGUCAAGAAUGCCGAGAUUACGAACGACACCGGGAAAAAUAUACAUCAGCCAGGGAAGCAUACAAAAAAGAUGUAGAAAAACAAAAUAACGCAAACAUCACCUCAGAUACCACCUAUUUUGCAGCUGAUUUAGAGAAAAUAAUUAUGCUUCCACGCAUUGAAGAAUUUAAAAUUGUAAUGUUUUUCCCAAGAGUAAUCGCAUUCAAUGAAAGUUUUGUGCCAAUAGGUGACAAAAAAAAACAAUGCUACUUUGCAAACCUAUGCUGCGAUAUGGCAUGA